CUGCAGCAGGGCCGCACGAGCCACUUUCGGGAAAUGAGGCACCGUUUGACAGGAAAGCUCGUAUAACGAAGAGACGAACGAUGUGAGCCGUAGGCUCCGAACUAUCCCGUGAGAUUUAACACCUUUUUUCCCGGAAAAAAGGAAAGAGAUUAACACAAACCCUUUCUAGCCACUAUCAGAAAAGUCGACGCAUGAAAGAUAAGGAUAAUUUUCGUUGAGUUCCCGAGAAGUUUUCGAUGGCAAUAAAGACACGGAAGUACUAGGGCUAGAUGUCACGACUAACAGCGAUGGAACUGGGCCGGCAAUUGUGCGGGAAGAUGAAGAAGGCAAAGAGGAGCGAACCAACUAUGACCGUCCCGACUUCCGGCCUGGAGAUUCAUUUCUACUCCCAAGACUCCCAGCUGAACUACGUGGCAGGCUGCUACUCAGCUGAGGAGUUGUGCCUGGAGGCUGCCAAGAAGUGCCGUAUCUCCCCUCUCUGCCACAACUUGUUUGCUCUCUAUGAUGAGAGUCGGGACAUCUGGUACUCGCCCAAUUACCGCUUUAAAAUCUGCGACAUCAACAUGAAGCUGUACUACCGGAUGAGGUUCUAUUUCACCAACUGGCACGGCACCAAUGAAAAUGAGCCUCCAGUGUGGAGAUACUCCCUCAACAAACAGAGGAGUAAUAGCACUCCCCAGGGGACCCCUGAAGGGACGCCCCUCCUGGAUGCAGCCUCCCUGGAAUAUUUGUUCUCCCAGGGGCAGUACGACUUUGUGAAAGGCCUGGCCCCCCUGCGGAUCCCUCUGAGUGAGUCUGAGGCCCAUGAGAUUGAGAACGAAUGCUUGGGCAUGGCAGUGUUGGCUAUUUCCCACUAUGCCAUCAACAAGAGCGUGUCACUCUCAGGCAUGGCGGCUGACAUCAGCUAUAAAAAAUACAUCCCAGAAAGCCUCAACAAGACUAUCAAACAGCGCAACUUCCUCACCCGCAUCCGCAUCAACAAUGUCUUUAAGAACUUUCUGAACGAGUUCAACAGCAAGACUAUCCAGGACAGCCACGUUACCACACAUGACCUGAAAGUCAAGUAUCUGUCCACUCUGGAGACUCUGACCAGGGGCUUUGGUACUGAAGUUUAUGAGACAAGCAUGCUGCAAUUCACAUCUGAAAAUGAGAAGUCACAUGUGACUGCCUUCCAUGAGAAUGACCCCCCAGUUUUUGAGGUACAGGUGUCUGGAAACAAUGGCAUCUCCUGGCGCAAGAAGCCUGAUCCUACUCUGCCAUUUCCUAAAGACAAGAAUAAAUCCAAAAAGAACAAGGUGUAUGGAAAAAACAAGAAUGAAAAAAAGAAAGACAGCUGGAUAUUGUUUUCAGACUUCCACGAGAUCAUCCACGUUGCCAUCAGGGACUCUACAGUCACCAUUAACAAACAGGACAAAAAGAUGGAGAUGCAGCUGGCCUUCCCGGCAGAAGCACUUUCCUUUGCUGCGCUGGUUGAUGGUUACUUCCGUCUGACUGUGGAUGCUCACCACUACCUGUGCACUGAGGUAUCGCCUGCCUCAGUGGUACAGAACCUGGAGGAUGGAUGUUACGGUCCCAUUUCGACCGAUUACGCCAUUCAUAAACUACGUCAGGAGGGCAGCGAGGAGGGCAUGUAUGUGCUGCGCUGGAGCUGCACUGACUACAACCACAUCCUCAUGACUGUUGCUUGCAACGAGAUGGACCUCCUUGAGUCCAGGAUGACACGGCAGUACAAGAACUUCCAGAUUGAGGUUGGGGAACAGGGCUACCGGCUGUGUGGGACUGAAACCUUUCGCCCUUCUCUCCGGGAGCUGAUGGAGCACUUGGCUGGGCAGUCCUUGCGAACAGAGAACGUCAGUUUUCAGCUUAAAAAGUGCUGCCCACCACAAGCACGAGAAAUAUCUAACCUCCUGGUAGUGACCAAAAACAGAGCGCCAGAGUCCCAGGUGCCUUAUCAACUCAGUCAGCUGAGCUUCCAUAGGAUCCUCAAGGAGGAGAUAAUCCAGGGGGAGCAUCUGGGAGGAGGCACCAGAACCAACAUCUAUGCUGGCACCCUGAAGGUAAAGAAUGAAGAUGACGAUGACAGCAGCUACAGCACCUACAGUGAGACUAAGGUGGUCCUGAAGGUGCUGGGGUCUAGCCACAGAGACAUUUCCAUGGCCUUCUUUGAGACGGCCAGCAUGAUGCGGCAGGUGUCCCACAAACACAUCGUACCACUGUAUGGCGUGUGUGUCCGCGACCUGGAGAACAUCAUGGUUGAACAGUAUGUAGAGCUUGGCCCACUGGACCUGUUCAUGCAGAGCCAACGCCAUUUCCUCACCACACCAUGGAAGUUCCAGGUGGCCAAGCAGCUGGCCAGUGCCCUCAGCUACCUGGAGGACAAGCGGCUGGUCCAUGGCUAUGUGUGCACCAAGAACAUCCUGUUGGCUCGGGAUGGCAUAGAGGGCGACGAUGGGCCCUUCAUCAAGCUCAGCGAUCCAGGCAUUCCCAUCACUGUCCUUACUAGAGCAGAGUGUGUAAACAGGAUCCCGUGGAUUGCCCCUGAGUGUGUGAGGAACCCCAAGGAGCUCAGUGUGGCAGCUGACAAGUGGAGCUUUGGCACCACCCUGUGGGAGAUAUGCUACGAUGGCGAGAUACCCCUCAAGGACAAGAAGCUCACAGAGAAAGAGAGGUUCUAUACAGCCAAGUGCACAUUGGCCACACCUGACUGCCAAGAGCUGGCUGACCUCAUGAAGCAGUGCAUGAACUAUGACCCUCACAAGAGACCCUUCUUCAGGGCCAUUGUGAGGGACCUCAACAAGCUGGAGGAACAAAAUCCGUCCAUCGCCUCUGGAAUGGUUCCUGUCCAAGAGGUUGACCCCACGCUAUUUGAGAAACGGUUCCUGAAAAAGAUCCGAGAUUUGGGAGAGGGCCACUUUGGCAAGGUGGAGUUGUGCAUGUAUGACCCCCGUGGCGACCGCACUGGCGAGCUGGUGGCCGUCAAGUCCCUGAAGCCAGAGAACAAGGAGGAGCAGAACAGUAACCUGUGGCAUGAGAUUGAUAUCCUGAAGGAGCUGUACCACAAGAACAUUGUCAAGUACAAAGGCAUCUGCAGUGAGGAAGGGGGAAGAACAAUUAAGCUGAUUAUGGAGUACCUACCUGCUGGCAGCCUGAAAGAGUAUCUACCCCGGAAGAAGUCCCAAAUCAACCUGAAGAGGCUUCUUAGCUAUGGAAUCCAGAUAUGUCAGGGAAUGGACUACCUUGGGUCGCUUAACUACAUUCACCGCGACUUAGCAGCCCGCAAUGUGCUGGUGGAGAAUGAAAACACAGUCAAGAUCGGGGACUUUGGCCUUACCAAGAGCAUCAAGGACAACGAGGGCUACUACACUGUGAAAGAUGACCUGGACAGUCCUGUCUUCUGGUACGCACCUGAAUGCCUUGUGCACUGCAAGUUCUACCGAGCGUCGGACGUGUGGUCCUUCGGGGUCACCAUGUACGAGCUGCUGACCUACUGCGAGACAGAAUGGAGCCCCAUGACGGUGUUCCUGAAGAUAAUUGGUCCCACGCAUGGGCAGAUGACUGUCACCAGGUUGGUUAAAGCCUUAGAGGAGGGAAAGAGGCUUCCUUGCCCACCAGAAUGCCCAGACAUGGUUUAUGCCCAGCUGCGGAGGUGUUGGGAGAGCUCCCCCGAGAAGCGCAUUGACUUCAAGGGCUUGAUCCAUGUGCUCCAGCAGCUGCUUGCAGAGUGCAAGUGACCCUGGAGAUGAUGCGACCUACACAUCACAGCUGUAACAAGCUUUUCAAGACAUUUUAGGCUGAGAACUUGACAAGAAAUAUUACUUUUCCCCUUCCAGCUGGCAUAUAUUUCUAGCAUUUAUUUUUGGUUAUUUUCAUAGACGAUACCUGCCACCUCCAGUUUUUACCCCCCACCCCACCCCCCAUAUUUGGCAGACUAAUUGUAGAGAAGAAAUUGAUUUACUUGUAAAUAGACCCCAGUAUUAAAGUCAGAACAGUUGAGCUUACCAUUUUUUUUUUUCUUGCAAAUCAGCACUGGUGCACCAGUAAACCCUCUGUGCAAUCUGUAGCCACUGGCAUUAACUUUGUUUGUUUUUACCAUAAAACAGUUCUAUCCUUUUUUUGUUGAGAGAAAAUGAAAAUGGCAGAUUAGCACUGGAGCUGUGGUGCAUAUAAGAUAGGAUGGAUCUCUGGCACCUGGCCAUUUUCAUGGAACUAUUUGAAUGCUGGGAAAUAAUGGGAUGUUGAAGUCAAGAUGAAACGCAACCCCAGUUGGUUCUAAAUGAUGUUCCUGUGCAGAGUUGUCAGACCUUUUGCACAGCAUCGAAUAGUUGCUUAUGACAUAUAAAUCUGGUACUAUAAUAGUCACCUGUUCAGACUUCAGAAGUUAUACCACAGAAAGCAGAAUGUGGUGACAGACGCUGUAUAUGAUACUUAGUGCAUGUUGCAUGGACAAGUAUAACCACCAGCAGUGGUGCUCUGAGGGGCCUGCGAAGCUGAGCUGCAGAAGCCAACAAGCUACUAGAAAAGGUAAUAAGGCAGGUAAAAGAAGGUCUGGGUCAACAUUUAUUGUGGAAUGUACUUCCUUCAGCAUAAAGACAAUUUAUAAGAGAGGGUGGGUGUUAAUGUACAUAAAAAUAUCAGUUGAAUAAAACUUUUGCAAAAAUCCAAGUUUUA